UCUCUCGUGUGUGGGCAGCCUAUAUUACUGUAAGACACAGAGGAAAGCUCAGUCUCAGGGAUGAUCUGCUUCAGCAUGAGGAUCCUUACGGUCAGCUUUCUCCUGCUGCUGUCUGUCUGGAGCGUGUGUGUAUGCGCUGACAGCGGGAGGAUACGACAGAAGCGUGCAUGGAUCAUUGAUUCGUUUAGUAUUGAGGAAGAACACCCUGGUCCAUUUCCAUUUUCGAUAGGCAAGGCUGCAGUCGAAAAGACUUUUUUAGUAAAUUACGUACUUCAUGGUCAAGGUGUGGAUGAAGAUCCGAAGGAUCUCCUCAGCAUUGAUACAUCAGGUGUUUUUUAUGUACACAGAAAGGUGGACUAUGAAAGUGGCCCUAAAGUUCUCCAUUUGACAUUUGAAGCAAUAGAUGCAUUAAAUAAAAAAGUGGAUACAAGACUUUCGGUUGAGAUCAAAAUAUUGGACGUAAAUGACCACGCACCAAAAUUUCAAAAGCCAGUCUAUGAAGUGACUGUGGACGAAUCACAUGAUCAAGGCAAAGAAGUUCUGACUGUGCUGGCUUUCGAUGAGGAUGAUUCAAGUACAGACAAUGGCACAUUUGAUUUCACAAUCAAGUCUGUCACACCACUGACAGAUAAUGUUGAAUUUUACAUUCAGCAGCGAAAAGAAUCUGGGACAAUUUAUUUUAAGGGGUGUUUGGACUAUGAGAAAGCUCAGAAAUACACAAUCCUUAUUGAAGCGAAGGACAGAGGGGAAAAGAAACAGCUCUCAAGUACAAGUACACUGAUAAUCAAUAUUUCAGACAAUAACAACAAUCUUCCAGAGUUCUCUGGCAAAACAGGACCAGGGAAGGUCAAGGAGGGAGAAGCUGGGGUUGAAGUUCUGCGACUGCAAGUAACAGACAAAGACGUCCGUGGUUCAAAAGCUUGGAAAGCCAAAUACACAAUCUCCGAAGAUAAAAAAGAGAUAUUCAAAAUAGAAACGGACCCUGUUACGAAUGAAGGGAUUUUAACAGUUGUUAAGCAAACGGACUACGAGGAGCAAACAAAUCACAAUCUGUCCAUCAGCGUGCAGAAUGAAAUUCCUUACUUUUCCUGUAAGAUUAAAAAUAAAGUACAGAAUGCCACGUGGGUGCUCAACAAAAUACCCCCAAUCUCUGGCACGAGUGCUGCAAAAUUCUAUAACAGCAUUCCAGUGACCAUUUAUGUAGAAGAUGUCAACGACCCUCCGGUGUUCACACCCAAUGUUAAAUACGUGACGGUAGCUGAGAACAUAGAUGCAGGAACAAGUCUUGCAACCUUCACCGCUAAAGACAUGGAUGGAAGCCACAUGAACACAUUUACAUUUGUUAAAGGUGAAGAUAUAAAUAAAUGGAUAACUGUUAAUGCAAAGACUGGAGAAGUAUCCACAAUUCAGGUUCUGGAUAGAGAGUCACCGUUUGUGAUAAACAGCACCUAUACAGCAACCCUGUAUGCUGUGGAUGACGGGGUUCCUCCGCUGACAGGCACUGGAACUCUGGUCAUUCAACUGAUUGAUGAAAAUGAUAACCUACCAAUUCUGGAGAGGAACAAAGUCAGCAUCUGCAUAGAUAAAGAGCCCACGCUGGUCAACAUCACAGCCACAGACCUGGACUUUCCUCCAUACGGAUCACCUUUCUACUAUGAGCUUUUAGGAGAUGUUAAGGACAAAUGGAGGGUUGAACCAGCUCAAGGCACAACGGUUAGUCUUGUAAAAGAAAAAGGUGUGUAUUCAGGUCAUCACUUCCUCCAGAUGAAAAUAUCAGACCAGCAGGGACUUUCCUCCAUCCAGAACCUGACGGUGACGGUGUGUGACUGCUCUAUCUCUCCUAACUGUCAUCUGAGGACGAUCUCGCAGGCUCGGGUGGGGCCAGGUGCCGCCUGGAUGGUUGUUCUUGCCAUUCUGAUUUUUACAGUAAUGUGCUUAAUAAGUCUCCUGAUUUCCUGCAAGACGGAGAAAAGAAUGAUUAUGAUUGAUGAUGGCCACGGUCAUCUCAUCACAUCAAAUACAGAAAAUCCAGGAACAGACUGCGUGGUGUCUUCCAGUAUGGGUUUUCACAAAACUGUUCCUUCCAACGCAAACCUUGUAAAUGUGACUAAAAAUGUAGGCUCAAGCCAGAAGGUCACAACACAAACUGUAUCUUCCAGUAUGGGUUUUCACAAAACUGUUCCUUCCAACGUAAACUUUGUAAAUGUGACUAAAAAUGUAGGCUCAAGCCAGAAGGUCACAACACAAACUAAUCUCCAGGUGAUGCAAACAGGACAGCAAGCCGUUUCACAGACUUCAUUGUCUGUCCACAACAACCAGAUGUUGAAAGGCACAGUGUACAGGAAUUCCACAAGACGUACAUACAGAGGAUUUUCACGGCAAUCGAAUGUCACAUCAAGUUUUAGAAGCAGUACUUCCUACAACACCAAAGCAUCUUACUUGAGUGAAAACCUUGGCGUUCUCAUCAACCAGAAACUUCUUGCUCUUCAAACCCGUGAUGAGGGACAUAGUAUUUACAAGCCACACUGUUACGCAGACGAAGGACAGCCUGCAGCCAGUGAUGAGCUGGAUGCAAUAUCCAUUCCAGAGGACCACUUUCAUCCAGAGAUGCUUAAAAAUCUGGACAGCAAGUUCAGUCAGCUAGCUAAAAUCUCCAGACCUGACCUGAUGAGAAGGUGACAGUUAUCUCAGGACGUGUAGUCUAAAUAUAAAUAUUUAGGACAAAAUGCAAAAAUUCUUUUUUUAAAUAAAUACAUUUGACUACAGUCCUACAGUAUCAAUGAUGAUAAAUAGAACUUAAUUUGCAUUUCCUGAAUGGAAGAAUACAGUGCUUGCAAAGUAACAAAGGAACAUAGUAUUAAUAGUUUUAGGUUAGCUCAGGAUUUUGGUGUUAGUUCUGUUUAUUUUUAUAUCUGUAUUUUUAUUUUUUAUUUUUUUGCACUGUGUUCAUGUGGAAUAAUAAGCAGGCAUUUAAUACAAAAUAUUUAAUAAAAUAAAAAUAAUGGUGUAGUAAUUAUUUGAUGAAACUUCAUCUAAGAGGUGGAUGGUGAUAGUAGCGUUUUUUGUUGCUAAUAAGUGUUUUUGAAGAGAAUGUAUAUUGUGACUGUGUCAUGCAAACUCUUGACUUAUCUGGGUCUGUUGUUCCCCUGGGCGUGAAACUGCUCUGUUGUUGUUUCAGGUGUUGUAAUCCUUCAUUGUAAAAAUAUGAAACUUGUUUUUUUGUGUGUGUGUGUGUGUGUGUGUCAUUUGCAUACUGACGUAUAGGAAUCAAUGAAUGUUUAAUAAAACUGGGUUUAUAAUGAA